CGCCCGCCGCCGCCGCCGCCGCCGCCGCCGCCGCGAUGCUCCUGUGCGCUCUGCUGCUCAGCGCCGCCCUGGCGCUCGGCCACGCAGCAAAUCCUUGCUGUUCCAACCCAUGCCAAAACCAAGGUGUAUGUAUGAGCACAGGAUUUGACCAGUACAAGUGCGACUGCACCCGGACAGGAUUCUACGGUGAAAACUGUUCAACACCUGAACUUUUGACAAGAAUAAAGCUACUUCUGAAGCCCACUCCAAACACAGUGCACUACAUACUUACCCACUUCAAGGGGGUCUGGAACAUUAUAAAUAACAUUCCCUUCCUGCGAAAUUCAAUCAUGAAAUAUGUGCUGACGUCCAGAUCACAUUUGAUUGACAGUCCACCAACUUAUAAUGUGCACUACGGCUACAAAAACUGGGAGGCCUUCUCGAACCUCUCCUACUAUACCAGAGCCCUUCCUCCUGUGGCAGAUGAUUGCCCGACGCCCAUGGGUGUGAAAGGGAAGAAGGAGCUUCCUGAUUCUAAAGUGGUUCUAGAAAAAGUUCUUCUAAGAAGAAAGUUCAUCCCGGACCCCCAAGGCACGAACAUGAUGUUUGCUUUCUUUGCCCAGCACUUUACCCAUCAGUUUUUCAAGACAGAUCAAAAGCGAGGGCCAGCUUUCACCACAGGACUGGGCCACGGGGUGGACCUAAGUCAUAUUUAUGGUGAAACUCUAGAUAGACAGCAUAAGCUGCGUCUCUUCAAGGAUGGAAAACUGAAAUAUCAGGUGAUUGGUGGAGAGGUGUAUCCUCCCACAGUCAAAGACACGCAGGUGGAGAUGAUAUACCCCCCUCACAUCCCUGAACACCUGCGUUUUGCUGUGGGGCAGGAGGUCUUCGGGCUGGUACCUGGUCUGAUGAUGUAUGCCACAAUCUGGCUGCGGGAACAUAACCGAGUGUGUGAUGUGCUUAAAGAGGAGCAUCCAGAGUGGGAUGAUGAGCGAUUGUUCCAGACAAGCAGGCUAAUACUGAUAGGGGAGACCAUUAAGAUUGUGAUUGAAGACUACGUCCAGCACUUGAGCGGCUAUCACUUCAAACUGAAAUUUGACCCAGAGUUACUUUUCAACCAGCAAUUCCAGUACCAAAACCGUAUUGCUUCUGAGUUUAACACACUCUAUCACUGGCAUCCCCUACUGCCUGACACCUUUCAGAUUGAUGACCAGGAGUACAACUAUCAACAGUUUCUCUACAACAACUCUAUAUUACUGGAACAUGGACUUACCCAGUUUGUGGAGUCAUUCACCAGACAAAUUGCAGGCAGGGUUGCUGGUGGUAGGAAUGUUCCAUCUGCAGUACAAACAGUGGCCAAGGCCUCAAUUGACCAUAGCAGACAGAUGAAAUACCAGUCCCUCAAUGAGUACCGCAAACGCUUCAACCUGAAGCCCUACAGAUCAUUUGAAGAACUUACAGGAGAGAAGGAUAUGGCCGCAGAGUUAGAAGCCCUCUAUGGUGACAUUGACGCCAUGGAGCUGUAUCCUGCCCUCCUGGUGGAAAAGCCUCGUCCCGACGCCAUCUUUGGUGAGACCAUGGUGGAACUUGGGGCACCGUUCUCCUUGAAAGGACUUUUGGGGAAUCCUAUAUGUUCUCCUCACUACUGGAAGCCGAGCACUUUUGGAGGAGAAGUGGGCUUUAAGAUCAUCAACACUGCCUCAAUUCAGUCCCUCAUCUGCCGCAACGUGAAGGGCUGCCCCUUGGUCACAUUCAGUGUUCAGGACCCACAACUUACCAAGACAGUCACCAUUAAUGCAAGUGCUUCUCACUCCAGACUAGAGGACCUCAACCCCACAGUACUACUGAAAGGGCGCUCAACAGAACUGUAGAAGUCUAUUGAUCAUAUUUAUUUAUUUAUGGACCAUUCCUUUUAACUUAAUUAUUUAAUAUUUAUAUUAAACGCCUUAUGUUACUUUACAUCUUCUGUAGCAGAAGGCGGCAGUACUCUUAUUACAGAGGAAGGGGUCACACUGGUGGAAAUUUCUGUGUCACUACUUUAAAGAUGUGUUUUCUUCAACUUGAAGGGGGAAACAGUUCAUUCUUGUAGAAAACAAUGGGAAGUGACUUUUGACACUUUUUUACUUGAAUUUCAAUGUGUAUCAUGUUUUAAUAAGAACUAAAGCCACGGUGUUUGAACACUUACACAAGGCAGGCUUCUACACUGCCUUAUUUUCAGUUUGUCUUCCGUGCUGCAUUAGAGCAUUGAGGGUUGUGGAAUUUUAAAGAACUUUUGGAUAUUAAUCUGUCAUCAAAGAAACAAAAAGGGUACAAGUGCAUUUUUAGAUGAAUAUUUAAAGUAGACAUUACCAGUCAUUUCAUGUCUUUUUAAAGCAGCCUUGAAAUGAUAAUGUGAAUCUAAACCCACGGGCAGAAAUCCCUUCUAAUGGUUCAUUUGCUAAAGUUGUUAAACUUGUAUCCAUAUCAAUAGAAGAAGCCAUCAGAUUUAAAUCUCCAAAAGAAAAUUAUAGUUACUGGUUAAAAUAUUGUGUGAGAGAUUUUACUUUUUCACUAGGAGUAAAAAUCUAAUAUGACUGCUGCAACCUCCUUUUAAAUCAAAAUGCUAAAUGUAUCAGGUUUUGGUUUUUCACUAGGAGUGAAAGUUUAUUUACUGUGACUAUUAUACCUUCAUUUUAAAUCAAAAUACCAUUUGUUAAGUUGGUCGAGUCACUCCAGUUCCAUCUUAAAAUAAUAUUUUAUAAAGAGAUUCUAGAAUGUGUUUAUAUGAACAAUAGCAUGCUAAAUCUACAGCAGAAAAAGAUUAUAUAUUUAAAAUAAGCAAUAACAUCUGGGCAUGGUGGUACACACCUGUAAUCUCAGGACUUGGGAGGCUGAGGCAAAGGAUCUAGGCCAAACUGAGCAAUUUAGUGAGACCCU